CCAUUCAUUUCAUCGCUCGUUUUUCAUCCUUUGUUGUCGGAUAGCCUUGCAGACAAAGAUGUCGCCAACAAUUUUGAUCUUGGUGCCCACCCUCUGUUUCACAUAAUCUUGCUUCGAGUACUUGCCACUCGAGACGGGAUCGUCAUCGAAUAUACCCACCCUACAACAGGCGAAGCGCUCCAGUAUACCUCGAAAAACGAACGACUUCACUCCCGCAGAGAACUAUCGUUCGGCCGGCGACAUAUGCACAUAAACAUGGCGCCCGAUGAUAUAGAUAUAGCGACUGCAAUGACCGACGGAGACAGUACCGAGUUUUCCUGGACAGGAAGCGAUGACUUUGGUCCUGAUAAGAACGAACCCGGAGUCAAGUCCACUUCGACAGACACAGACACAGGCACACGCACGGGCACAGAAAAGACCUCCGAUGGGACGUUACCAAAUACUGCUCCUGGACUGCAGCCGACGGAGCACAAAACAGACGGAUCCCAACUCACCACACAAUCAAACCCAACUGGUCAAUCACAGCCGACGACAUCAGACCUAAAUACGACAUCCACCUCGAAAUAUGAAGCCAAUACCAACGACCGUUACCCUCACCCGACGACUGGCACUUCACCGGGAGAUGAGGAACCACAUAACUCUCACCCAAAAUCCAUCACUACUACGACGCAGUCGUCCGCAACCACGACAGAAAACCCGAUACCAGCAGAACAUACUCUGUCUAAACCUUCAGCCAAAACCACAACCACCACAUUCGAUCACCCCAAAAAGACAUCUGCCAGCAAAGACAGCAGCAACAGCGUAGAAGGAAAAGGAGAAGGGGGAGGGGGAGGAGGGGGAUUGCCGACCAAAACCAAAGUCGCCAUCGCCGUCCCCGUCUCCAUCGUCGGCGCCCUCAUAAUCGCAGCCCUAAUCUACUUCUUCCUCCGCCGUCGCAACCGCCAAAAACGAAACAAGGCCGCCCCCUCUACAGACAAUCUCGUCAUGAGCACGGCUGCCUCUACACCAGCGCAUACCCAGCCUUACCCACCACCCUUCCAGUCCCCGCAACCGCACUCCCCCGCGCCAUUCGCGGCAGUACCAGCAGAGCCAUCACCCCGCCACUUAAACCCGAAUAUCAAUAUCGAACCACCCGCAGCGGUAGCUACGAAGGGAGACCGCGACCCCGUCCGACCCACCAGCCAGCUCCUCCCCACAGAUCACUCAGCCAUCCUUGUCGCCGGCGCGGGCCAACAGCAACAACAGCAACAGCAACAACAACCAGUACAACACCCACACUCACCCUACCACUCCACCGGAGACCCCAUCCAAGAGCGGAACCUCUGGAGCAACGAAGCAGCAGCGGGGACAAGACCGCGAUCUCCCUUCGACCAUCCCAUGGACGACCAAUUGUCUGUGAUGUCGGCGAUGAGCGAUCGACGCGCACACCCGCAUGAUCGCGAUGACGCCUCGUCUGUGUCAUCUGUUAGUGAUGAUGAGGGUGAGAGGGAGAGGGUGAGAGGGAGAGGGUGAGGCCGCGUUGAUGCUGAUGUGCUGACGUUCAGUGUUGUUUGUGUUGUUGUGUGCGGUGGGGUUAGAUCAUGGACGCUUGU